UUUGUAUAACAUAAUCUUAAAGAAACUGGCCUUCUUACGCUGCAAAUUAUAUGCAACGUAAUCGUAUGGCCUGAAUUAAUAGUCGCAAUGCUGCAUUACGGCUGGAAAACUGGAUAUUCCGGGGGCGGGGUGGAGAAGAACUUUGAAUGCAGAGGGAACUGACCGGUGUUGGAGGACCUGCAUUUAUGUAGCGCAAAGAUGAACAGCCAAUGAAAUAUUUUGCAGCAGGUCAUCGCUGGUGCGGAAUAGCCGACUGUGAGGACAGAUAGCAGCGCAAGAAAUGAGUGGUACAAACUGAUACUAACACACAGCAGACGACCUUCAGAACUAACCAAUUUGACUAAAUCGUGAAUCAUCUGCCCUGAAGUCUCCACAUCCGGUAAAGCCCGUUUGGUAAUGGGCCUCUGAAGCACCUUCCUACUAUAUCACAGCCCAAAAAAGACAUUCGAUUUUGCAACUCGUGGGGAACUGUCUUUCUUUGAAAGUAUGGCCACGAUUGGAGACAUGCAUGAGGACGUCCUGGUGGAGAUUCUGUCCUAUGUUCCUGCUAGGGAGUUGGUGAGAACGUGCCGAGUGGUCUGCAGGAUGUGGAAGGACUUAGUGGACGGAAUCCACAUAUGGAAGGGAAAGUGUAUUCGUGAAGGAUAUUUCAAAAAGAACGGGGACGUCAGUCCAAAGAAUUGGAAGGUGUUUUAUUUCCUGCAGAGUUUGAAGAAGAACUUGCUUAAAAACCCUUGUGCAGAAGAAGGUUUUAAUCAUUGGACAAUUGACCAUAGUGGUGGUGAUGAAUGGAAAAUAGAAGCCUUACCAGGUGUCCUUGGAUCUGCCUUUCCCGAUAGACAUAUAAAAAAUUAUUUUGUGACAUCUUACGGCUUAUGCCAGAAAUCCCAGCUUAUUGAUCUAGUGGCAAAUGGACUAUGGGAAAAUCUGCUCGAUGAGUUUCAGCCUAAGAUUGUAGUGAGUGAUUGGUAUGCAGCAAGACAGGACUGUGGCUGUGUGUAUAGUCUGGAGGUGAAGCUGCUCUCUAAAACUAAGACCGUCCUCAAGAGGUACAAAUCAAAGGAGAUCAAAAUCCCACAGUGGAGUGAUGCAGAAUGGAACCAGUUGACCCAUGUUUUUGAAGCCUAUGGUCGUGGUGUUCGGUUUGUCUGGUUUUCACAUAAAGGGCAGGACACACAGUUCUGGGCAGGAUGGUAUGGAGUACGAGUCACAAACAGUAGCGUUACCGUAGAACCAUGAAUGUACUGAGACUGGACUCCAAUUGGAUGAAGAAGACCAAAUAUUUUCCCAAACUGUAAACGAGAAACAAAAUGCCACAGAUGCUGGAAAUCUGACAAAUUUCUGGAAAGACCAGGAAAAGCCAGAAAACACUCAACAAAUCUGGCAUCUUCUGUGGAGAGAAUAAAAAUUAACAUUUCAGGACAGUUCUGAUGCAAGACUUUAAUGUCAGUUGUGUUUCUCUCUCUCUGUAGAAGCUGCUCGACCUGGAUGUUUUCUAACAUGUUAGGCUUUAUCAAAGAGAAUUAUCAAAAGGUUUGCAAUUUAUGUUUGUACCUUUGAUAUGAGAAUAUCAUGGAUUUCACUUUAUUAUUUCAUCAACUGCCGGGGAAAACUGUCACCUUUUUGACGGCUGUUUUCUGCAGAGGGUCGAAAUAACAUAAAGUGUUAAAAAAAGCACUGACAUGUUUAUUGCUAACUUUGAUCUGUUGAUCCCAGAGAUUCAUCUAGAACUUAGCUUCACUUGCACUGAACCGGGUAAACUGAACUGGACUGGAAAAAUCUGGUGGAAAGAAGACAUGAGAGAGGAACCUGACCCUUUUUCAGAUUGAAGAGGAAGUGCUUCAGGCAAAUCUUGUUAAAGAUGUUGUCCCCAUUUGUGAGUGGUUUGCACUGGGUGGUCCUCCAGUUCAGACAGGUGAGUGGAAUCUCUCUAGGACCCCGAGAGCUGAAUACCUGUUAAAAGAGCUGGAAGGUUAAAUCCCUUAAACUAGGAGCCUUCUUUGGAAAAGGAAACCAUUUCUCAGAACACUGACUACUUUUAGAAGGUUUUACAUUUUUUUCCACUCUUGCCAGCUGCAUAUUUUGGAAAAACAAAAGUCCUUUCCCAUUUACUGGCUUUGAGGUAAUUAAAGCCAGGUUGCUGUUGAAUCUGUGGGAUUGAUGUUGAAGUGUUUAAGGUUAGUGAUGUGGCCAGCACUGCACCACCCCUUUGCCUCUCAACACCGCGACAUCACUCACUUUAACAAACGUGCCAUUGUAUCUUAAACACUGGCUGGAGGAAUUUCCUGGAAUAUCGCGGCACAAUAUAGGUACAAAUAAUUUGCUCAUUUGGCUCAUCAGUUCAAUUGAUGAGUCGACCCAGUGUGUAUGGAGUUCAUUGUAUUUUAGAUUAAAUAGUUUCUGAUGGGAGAGUUUGUCCAUUAACACUUAUGUAUUCCAAGCUUCCUUGAACUGGGUCUCCUUUCGUCCAUUUAGCUCAAUUUUGGUUGAGGCAAAUACUUUGUAUAUAAAACAGUAAAGUCACUUCAGUUUUCACACGGCAUACCAUUGACAUAGCACACAGAUCUGCGUGGUUCCAUUUUGUCUCUUUACCAUCCUCCCCUGACCACAGGAAAAGGAAAACCUUUUCCAACCACUUUUUAAUCAUGCAGAAGGUUUCACUUUCUUCAUUUUGUCAUGUUUUUUGGGGCAUUGUCUCUCAACGCUGUUCAUAAUUAAAGGGGUUUUAAUUCUGUUUGCUGCUCUUUGAACCCUGAUGUUCACCCAUUUUUUUUCCCCCUGCCACCAACGUAAGUAGAAGGGUGGGCAGAGUGUACACAUGUUGCUGUACCACAUCUGACAGAAACAUCACUGAGUACAAUUUCAACCUGUGAACAUACUAUGCUUGAGAUUAACCUGCUUUAGCUGAACUGUGUUCAUACAUUCCAAAUCACUAAAUAGAGCGUUGCUAUCUUGUGAACGAUCCAGAGGUACUUGUCAUUGAAAUACACGUUUGUUCAUUUCUGAGGUAACUCUGCUGUGUGAUUGGUGGGCUGGAGCCACGAAAUCACAAAGCUUCUGGUCAACUGAAAUGAAAACAAAUUCAGCUUGAAACAUACUACAGGCUGGUCUCUUUAAAGGGGUGACUGUGAACUUGUCUGUCUUAUCGUGCACAUUGGAUUCCUGCCAUGUGGUGAACUGGAGAGGCUGACCUGAAUUAAUUCAUUGGCUCUUUUGGGCUCUUCAUGGGUACUAAAAUAAAUUUGUAAAAUUGUCUUAUUUUCAUAAUUUGAGGAACUUAAAAUUUGUGUCUAAACUUCAGUGACCAUGGUGAAAGAGCUUUUGCACUGGUGAAAUCUCACUUACUGACUGUAAGGAUAAGCUGCGGGCAAUGCUGAUAGCCACCAAAGCAUCAAUAUAGCUUGAUUAAGAUAAACCAUUAUAUAUCUUCUGAAUAUACUGUAAAUGAGCACUGUCUGUAUUUGCCUCUGUUUGAGCCCAACUGUUUUGUGCAAAUGCCUUCUGUAAACUGUUACUGCAGAGAUGAUAUGUAAUAAAGUAUUUGUUGAAUACUCAAAA